CCGUCUCUCACCUGUUGACCUUCAAUCUGUGGAGACUCAAAGAUACAAGGUCGCAGAAGAUGCUCCAAGGCCGUCAAUAUCUCAAGAAUCUCCGUCUUAUUCCACCCUCGGCUCCCGUCCUUCACCCAUUAAUCUUCAGUCCAUGGAGAACGUCUUGAGUCACAGGUACGGGGUCACCAUCCCCCACAGCGACCUCCCGUCAAGGUCGAGUUCGAAAACCUCCGUGAGCCAGAAGACGCCAUCUUCCUCCACCCUGGGUUCCACCGGUACCUCCCGUCGCCGCUCCCUCAUCAACCUGCGCUCUAUUGAGGACGUCAUCCGCAAGAAGUUCCGGAGUUUCCGUCACCGGUCUUCGUCUGAAAGUGUCGACGGUUCCAACAUGGCACCGUUUGUCCAGGCUUCAUCCAACAUGGCGCAAUAUGGCCCAGCUUCAGCCAACAUGGCGCCAUUUUGCCCAGCUCCCUCCAACAUGGCGCCGUUCAGUCAGGUUUCCUCCAGCCAAACACUCCCCAUGUCCUUACAUCCGAGUGACGUCACCUUCGGAAGCUCCACGGAAGCCGGUUUGAGCGACUUCAAGUUGGAUGCGAAAGUCUGGGACGUCGAUUCGGAUGUUACAUGUGGAAUUCGCGCCUCCUCCAAGUCAGGGCAACAAGGCUACUCAACCAUGCCCUCUAGCGGAUACUUCGCAACUAACAGGCCCACGGUGUUUCCCAGCCAGUCUUCGCACGCGGGCAGUACCUACGCCCCAAGUUCUGCGUCAUCAGAAGUUUCCAUGGAGACCAGCGUUCCCAUGGAGACGCCGUCUGCUACGAGCUUGAGAGAUCUGCUUGGCUGGGAAGACGAGAUUUCUGACCAAGAUUCCGACUCGGACUCCGACUCGGAGUCACAACUUUAUGACCCGACACAGUACAAGUACUGCUACAGGUGUGACGGAAUCGGCAUCACGCACAGUGACGACACGUGGCACUGGGCACCCUCACGUGAGCUCCCCUGCCACUUCUGCCGCCGCUGUACCACCUGCAAAGGUAACGGCAUCAUACCCAUUGCUUCCAACAUCUGCCACCGCUGCGAGGGAAAAGGCUUCCUGCACGGCUCGCCUGCAGCGCACACCCAAACCGGCAGGGUGCGCUGUCUCCUGUGCGAGGACUGCUGUGCGUGUGAGGGGAAGGGGGUGAUGCCCGUGGGUCGGGCGCUGUGCGCGCAGUGCCGGGGCCGGGGCGCGGUGCACACGGGAGGCUGGGCCGAGGUGCCCCACCGAGCCAGGCGGACGCAGCGGUGCUUCUUCUGCACAAAGUGCGACUGGUGCAACGGCAAGGGGGCCAUCCAGACGGGAUACACACUCAGCUAAGGGAAAAGUUUCUACGUCUCCGACGAAUUGAGACAGCUGUGAUAUGUUAACUUUAAUCAAAGAGCAUACUAUAGGCCCACAAUCUAGCAGCCUACAAUCAGUUUAGAUUGCGCAAAUGCACACAGCACGAUUAAUUAAAUAAGGACAUGCGUAUUUUCGAAUUUCUUGAUGCAAAUGUUAUUCAAUUUCUCAUUAGUGCAUAUACACCUAGCUCCAAUUUAGUAAGUUUGUCAAGACAUGUAAGAAUAUGCUUUUAUGAUCAUCUCAUACCCUGCAUUAAAACAUGAUCUAUGACAUUCAAUAGCAGCACAAUCUAUUGGAAUUCUUCAGUUAAAAGAGAAUAGUUUUGUAUCAAACUUUGUAUCAUCUUGAAUCGGUAACAAAAGUUUAUUCUUCCUGUUGGUAAAAUGCUAGAAACAUGAUUAUGAAGCCAUCAACUUUAACGAUUUGUAAGACGAAAUAUGAAUCAGAAUCUUAAGAAGUUCUGAUAAUGUUGCAGUUUCAGCUUAUCUUGAAUAAAGAUCGACUGCUCUUUGAA